CGCCGGGGCUCUCUCCCACCUUCGAAGAAUCGCCCGGAUUUCCCUCUGGAUCCGAGGGCCCGCGGCUGCAGCCCCGGGCAGGCUGCCCUUCCAAAGGCCACCAUACUGGAUCUGUCCUGCAAUAAACUGACUACUCUCCCGUCGGAUUUCUGUGGCCUCACACACCUGGUGAAGCUGGACCUGAGUAAGAACAAACUGCAGCAACUGCCAGCCGACUUCGGCCGUCUGGUCAACCUCCAGCACCUGGAUCUCCUCAAAAACAGACUGGUUACCCUGCCUGUCAGCUUUGCUCAGCUCAAGAGCCUGAAGUGGCUGGACCUGAAGGAUAACCCCCUGGAUCCUGCCCUGGCCAAAGUGGCAGGGGACUGCCUGGAUGAGAAGCAGUGUAAGCAGUGUGCCAACAAGGUUUUACAGCACAUGAAGGUCGUGCAGGCGGAUCAGGAGCGAGAGAGGCAGCGGCGGCAGGAAGUAGAACGCGAGGCCGAGAAGAAGCGGGAGGCCAAGCAGCGCGCCAAGGAGGCUCAGGAGCGGGAGGUGCGCAAGCGGGAGAAGGCGGAAGAGAAGGAGCGCCGGAGGAAGGAGUACGAUGCCCUCAAAGCAUCCAAACGGGAGCCCGAGAAGAAACCCAAGAAGGAAACGAAUCAGGCAUCGAAAUCCAAGUCCGGCUCUCGGUCCCGGAAGCAGCCACCCCGGAAGCACACCCGGUCCUGGGCGGUGCUGAAGCUGCUGCUGUUGCUGCUGCUGUGCGUGGCGGGCGGGCUGGUGGCGUGCCGGGUGACGGAGCUGCAGCAGCAGCCCCUCUGCACCAGCGUGAACACCAUCUACGACAAUGCGAUCCGGGGUCUGCGCAGCCACCACAUCCUCCAGUGGGUCCUGCAGACCGACCCCCAGCAAUGAGCGUGUCCUCAACACCUGCUGCCUCUCAGCCCUGGGACUUGGAUUCCUAUGGAAUUGGGUUCUGCUGGACACAACCUCUUUUUAGCGUCAGACCUACCUGCCGUCAUUAAAUGGCUGCUGAUUGGUACUUGAGA